AUGGCUGCCCCCGCGGAUAUUGAGCAGAUGAACAAGCUCAGAAAGACCCUGGGUCUCCCCUUGUUGAGCGUAAGUGGACAACCUCCACAAUCAUCUGAAGGACCAACAUUCAAAGAAUCCAAAAGAAUCGACGAGGACACCGACAGCGACCAAGAUGAUGAACCCGCAUCUACCCUAGAGACCCGCGAAGCCGCCGGGUAUGGCAACUGGAAACAACUACGCGAGGAAGAGAAGAAGCGCGUGCUCCGCGAACAACGGAAAAGGGACAUCCAGAGACAACGAGAUGCCGAUGCCAAGGCUAGGAAGCUUGAGGGCAAGGGGUUGGGAGACGUCGGUGAUGACGACGACCUCGAUACGAAGGCCUGGUUGAAAGGCCAGAAGAAACGGCAGUCUAAAAUCGAGCGAGAACGUGCUGAGCGGUUGGAACGGGAGCUUGCGGAGCGUGAAAGAGAUGCUGCUGUCGAAUAUACCUCCAAGGAUCUUGCUGGGGUACAGGUCGCGCAUGAAAUCGGUGAUUUUGACGAAGGCACGGGAGAACAGAUUUUGACGCUGAAGGAUACCGAAAUCGGCAAAGGCGAUGACAGUGAGCAGGAAGAUGUGCUGGAGAACGCAGAUCUUGUUGCGAGAGAAAAGGUCAAGGAGAAAUUAGAUCUCAAGAAGCGAAAGGUCUACGAUGUCAAUGAUGACUCGGAAAAGGGAGUACUGUCGCAAUACGAUGAGAGGAAGCGAAAAGCUUUCACCUUGGAUGGCCAGGGCGCCACCAUCGAAGAACGCGAGGCAAAGCGGCAGCAAAUCGGCGAAAAACUCAAGAAUACCGUCAGCUUGGAUAUUCUCAAGGCGGAACCCGUUUCGGACUACUUGGAGAUCAAGAUGAAGAAGCCGAAGAAGGAAAAGAAGUCGAAACGCCAGAAACUUUUGGAAGAAGAUGACGAUAUCUUUCCUCCACAAAAUGGUAGCAAUGGUGACGCUAUGGAAGUUGACUCUGGAAGCACUGCAGCCGCUCCAACGCGGCCUCGUGCUGCUGACGAUAUUUUCAACGAUGACGAUGAUCUUGCAAGCGCCCUUGCAAGAACCAGGGCCGCAGUGCUAAAGAAGCAGAAAAGAAAGCCCGAAGAUAUCGUCAAGCUAUUAAAACAAGAAGAGAACGAUGAAGCUGAAGCUGAGGGAGAGGCCAAUGGCGGUCUCGUUCUGGACGAUACAACGGUCUUCCUCGAUAAUUUAUCGUCGCGGCCGCAGGAAGAUCAGCCUGUACGGGGCGUGAAGAAGUCUGUUGAGAAAGUCAAGUCAGAAAGUCCUGCUCCACAGAUGAAGCACGAAGAUGAAGAUCAUCCUAUGGUGGAGACUUAUAGUGGGAUUGAGAAUGAAGAGGAGCUCGUUGAUCGAAUCAAGCGCGAGCGCUCAACCGUGACGCCAGAAGUGCCACCCACGGGCCUUGAAGAGGAAAAGACACUCGAUCAGGGGAUGGGGGCGGCCCUCAGUCUUCUUCGACAACGUGGCCUUCUCAAGGAAAGCGAUGCCACGGACCGCAAUACUCUGUACAAAGAUCGGCAAAAAUUCAUCAUCGAAGCGCGUUUGCGGGAGCAUGAAAAUGAACAAAGAGCUCGAAUGCAGCGCGAGAGAGAUCGUCAGUCGGGCAAAUUGACAGGCAUGUCUGUCAAAGAACGAGAAGAACACGCACGCUGGCAGAACACUCAGCGAGAGCACCAAUCUUCCAUCCAGGCUGCUGCCACCUUCAACCGAGAGUACAAGCCGGACGUGCAGAUCAAGUAUGUGGACGAUGAUGGUAGGAUCAUGAACCAGAAGGAAGCCUUCAAGCACCUGAGUCAUCAAUUCCACGGCAAGGGUAGCGGGAAACUGAAGACAGAGAAGCACCUCAAAAAGGUUGCAGAGGAGAAGAAGCGUGAAGCGACCAGCAUUCUGGACAGUAGCAAGGCGACAGGAAUGAGCAACGCACAGGGCACGAUGGGCAAGAAGAAUAAGGAGGCUGGCGUAAGGCUGGCCUGA